AUGCCCAAAGGGAAGGCAGCCAAAGGGACAAAGGUGACCAUCAAGAUCGCCAAAAAGGCAAUACGGAUGACCCCGGAUGGGCGGCGAAGGCUCACCCUUAGCAACAUGGGUAUAACCAUCUUCCCAAAGUGUCUCCUCAAACUGACCAAUGUGGAUGAGUUGGACCUAAGCCGCAACCUGAUUCAGAAACUCCCAGAAAACAUUGGGAACUUUACAUCACUGAGAUGGCUAGACCUUCACAGCAACAAGCUGGAGUCUGUGCCAGAGUCCAUCGGCAACCUGGUGGGACUGACGCACCUAAACCUCUCAAACAACCGCCUAAUCUCUGCAAGUCUACCCUCCACAAUAGGUUAUCUCACCAACCUCAAGAGUGUCAAUCUGGGGAUGAACCAGCUGGACACCCUGCCCACCUCUAUGAUGGCUCUAGAUAGUCUCCAAGAGUUAUGUCUGUUUGAUAACCUUUUCAUCAGCCUACCAGAGUUUGUGAAACUCCUACGUAACAUCACGAAGCUCAACGUGAAGCGAAAUCCUUUAUCAUAUGUUCAGGAGGAUAGUGAGGAGAUGGAGAAGGGAAAAGAACCAGAGGUGUACCUGGUCCACGAGAGCAGCCUGUGUAAGACAUGCCUUAAGAGAUGUAAAGAGAAGAGGGAGAGGCCUAUUAAAGGAGGAGGAGGAGGUGGAGGAAAAGGAGGAGGAGGGUGUGGAGGUGGUGAUGCAUUUGAGGAGAAAAGGAUAAGGACUUAUCAAGGACUGAUCGUGCCAAACUCAGUGGCUGCAGUCAAUCAAGAUGUGUGGAGAGUAAGAAAUAUGGAAUACAAGCAAAUCAAUUGACCAAGAAAAGUCAUCUCAAACUGUGUAGAUUAGACGUCACCUUCAGACUGCUCUUAAAACUGUAAUAAUAUUUGCAUAAUAUCUUAUAUGUCACAACUAUUAUUUGAUGUAUUGGAUGUAUUUUAAUUGACUAAAUAAAGACUGAUAACAUAUAACUGUCUUGAAAUAUUGCUGCUGGAUGAAGGAAACUAACUGUGGACACGUACCUGGCAUUAGCAAUGACCUCAGCAACCCCUCUGCCUUUUAAUGCAGACACCACCGUGCAUAACCUGCAGAGGGAAGAGGGAAAAAAAUGAGGAUUAGAGUCUUCAAAAUGCUGAAAAUAAAACUUUUUUUUUU